ACAAGAGAAGUCAAUUUCAACGAGCUAAUAUAACACGAUGUCUCGCGCUACACCAAAUCACACAAACGCGGUUCAGUUGAAUUGAUCAUCUACCUCCCGUCCCCACCUCUUCUUCUCCGACGCCGAUCCUCCUCAGACUCAGACACAAAAAGAAUACACAAACCUAUCAGAUCAGUCUUCUUAACUACCAAUUCUCACGCUCAUGAGUACUUCGGCAAUUUCAGGAGGCACGAACUUGUUUACGGGAUUUACGAGGCUGUGCAAGGGCCUUGCGGUAGUGUUAAUAGGUGGACACAUUGUAGUUCAGAUCUGGCCUUUUGCCGUUACUUACCUUGCUCUCAUUCCUGCCAGCACAAUUCCAUUUGCUUGGAAUCUCCUGACGGCUGGUUAUGUUGAACAGUCAAUACAUGGGAUGCUCCUCAGUACAAUUGGUCUCCUUUUCAUCGGGAAGCUGCUUGAACCCAUUUGGGGUUCUAGGGAAUUCUUGAAGUUCAUCUUUGUAGUUAACUUUUUAACAUCUGUUUGUGUUUUCAUCACAGCUAUUUCUUUGUACUACAUAACAAGGCAGGAACGCUACCUUUAUAUGCCUCUUUCUGGCUUCCAUGGAGUUCUUUCAGGAUUCCUAGUUGGCAUCAAGCAAAUACUACUCGACCAAGAGCUGUCUGUGGUUAGAGUAAAAGCAAAGUGGUUGCCAUCUCUCGCGCUGUUUCUGUCCAUUAUUAUAUGCUUCUUUACGGGGGAGACAACUACAAUCCUACCAACCUUAAUAUUUGGCACAUAUAUGGGCUGGAUUUACCUCAGAUACUGGCAGAGGAACCCUGAAACGAAAUUUAGGGGUGACCCAAGUGACGAAUUUGCAUUUUCUUCAUUCUUCCCUGAAUUUUUAAGACCAGUCAUUGAACCCAUUGCUACAAUAUUUGGUCGGAUGCUCUGUGGAAGAUCUGAAACUUCCAUUGAGGCCAGGGGUUACACUACCGGUGGAGCUCCUUUGCCUGGCUCUGAUCCCAUUGAGGCAACUAGGAGGAGGGAAAGGGGUGCUCGAGCACUGGAAGAAAGAUUGGCAGCUGAGAGAUUGGGUGCCUCAGGGAAGCCAGAAGACUCGGAAAGAGAUGCCACAGAGAAUGUUUGAAAGCCCUCGGAAAUGAAAUUUAGAAACGCAGAAAACUAACAGCCUUAUGAGUUAUGUCUAUGCCUUUGCUAUGCCAGAGGGCAGAGGCUGCCAAGGAUUUGGUGAUAGCAUGUGUUUUGCUUGGACAAUGAUCCUCAUAAUACAAAAUUCUGUUGUUUUGUCUUGCACUUGUUGCACAGAGUGGUUCUUCUAUAUUCUUGUUCAAAAUGACAAUUUGUCAAGUACAUAAGUGUUUUAAAUCUCAUUAUCUAAUAUUCACUCUUCAAAAGGUGGGCUUGAAAAGCGGUUGUUUUUAUUAUGAUCAUUGUAACACAAUUGGUUAAGUAUUGAUAUGAC